GCGCGGCGCGUCCGCCUAUCUAUCAUCUAUCACUCUCGGCGCCCGCCCGGGACUUGGGUCCCAGCCAUGGCCGCCGCGAACCCCUGGGACCCCGCGUCCGAGCCAAGUGCUGCCGGGCUUCUGCUGAGCCAUUUCGUAGCGUCGGGGAUGGUCACUCAGGAGAUGUUAAAUAUAUCUAAGAAAUCAGCUCCUUACUUUGUGAACUUCUCCAGACUACAGCAGAUCACAAAUAUUCAAGCUGAAAUCUACCAGAAAAACUUGGAAAUUGAACUUUUAAAACUAGAAAAAGAUACAGCAGAUGUUGUUCAUCCUUUCUUUUUGGCUCAGAAGUGUCAUACUCUGCAAAGCAUGAAUAAUCAUUUGGAAGCAGUGUUAAAAGAGAAGAGGUCCCUCAGGCAAAGACUGUUGAAAACCACUUGCGAGGAAAACUUGCCUAUUGAAGCUGUUUAUCACAGGUACAUGGUACAUUUACUGGAAUUGGCAGUAACUUUCAUCGAAAGAUUAGAAAACCAUCUUGAAACAAUCAGAAAUAUCCCUCAUUUAGAUGAAAAUCUAAGGAAAAUGAGCAUGGCUUUAGCAAAAAUGGAUAUGUUGGUGACUGAGACAGAAGAAUUGGCAGAGAAUAUACUCAAGUGGCGAGAACAGCAAAAGGAAAUUUCCUCUUGUAUUCCCAAAAUACUAGCAGAAGAAAAUUAUCUUCAUAAACAUGAUGUUAUAAAGCCUUCUUUACCUUUUACUUCUAAAGUUCAUGUCCAAACCAUUAAUUCCAAGUGAUUGUCAACUGUUUAUUUUUGCCUAAUUAUAUGUAGUCAUCGAAGUCUAUUUCUAGCCAAUUGUAAUAUGGGCAUUUAUAGGCUCUGCUGCUAGCAGUACUGCAAGAGCUCUCUUUAUAUUGAAAUACUAAGAUUCCAAGUUCAUUAAGACCAAAUUGAAUUUUCUUUUGUUUUUUUUCAUGUAUUUACAUUCUACUUUUCAGUAAAACUCUUGAAGAUCAAAUAUGACAGUAUCUCAGGAGACUCUUAUGUCAUCUUUUUUUUUAUUUUUUUUUAUUUUUUAAAUUUUUAUUUAUUUAUGAUAGUCACAGAGAGAGAGAGGGGCAGAGACAUAGGCAGAGGGAGAAGCAGGCUCCAUGCACCGGGAGCCCGACGUGGGAUUCGAUCCCGGGUCUCCAGGAUCACGCCCUGGGCCAAAGGCAGGUGCCAAACCGCUGCGCCACCCAGGGUUCCCUUUUUUUUUUUUUUAAAUGUCUUUUUAAAUGCUUGUUUCUGAAUUAAAAGAGUCUCCUUGAAAAUGAAAGUAUGUUGAGUUUCACUGUGAGACAGUUGCUAAGUAUAUACGAAAGAACAAAUGUAGUAGACCUGGCUGCUGUCCUUUGAAAGGCCUGCUUACAAAGUUGGCUCUUGUCUGGCUUCUUGGAAUUUAGAUUUCAGCAGGGCUCCUUCCACUAUCACUGGUGAUUAGAGUUGUUCAUAGUGACUCAAGUGUUUCUGCAGUGUGGUUCUAGUCUCCCAUUCCUUCUGGGAGUCUAGAAUUUUGAUAUAUAUUAGACAGAAGGUACCUGUGUGGCUAGCCCAUGAUCAUAACCCUGGGCACUGGGUUUCUAAUGAGCUUUCAUGAAAGACAUUUGACACGUUACACCUUAGUUACUGUGGGAAUUAAGCAUAUCCUGUGUGAGACUCCAGUAGCAGAGGGCUCUGGAAGCUUGUGUCUGGUUUCACCUGGGCUUUGCCUCGUGCACCUUUUCCCUUUGCUAUUUUACUGUGUAUGCUUUUGUUAAUAUCAUGCCCAUGGAUACAGUGAUACACUAAACCCUGUGAAUUCUCCAACCAUCAAACCUGGGGGGAGGGAAUAUUCAAGACCCUGAGACAUGGGGGUGGGGGGUAAAAAAAAAAAAGACCCUGAGACAUGAAGAAAUUUCUGAGGGUGUUCAUGGGUAGGCUUAUGAGCAGGCAAAGAAGAAAGGUAGAAUAAAGAACAGAAAAAGCCAUAUUAUAGUAAAACUUUAAGUGGUUUGCCUUACAAAAUGCUCAGAUACUUUACCUGAGACUAUUGUACAUAUAAAAGAGAGCUGUAUAUUGGGGCGCCUGAACAGCCCAGUCGGUUAAGUGUCCCAACUCUUGAUUUCAUUUCAGCCCAUGAUCCUCUGGGUCAGGCUCUACUCUCAGCAGGGAGUCCAUUUGAGAUUCUCUUCCUCUGAUCCUCCACCUGUGCUUUCAUGCACUCUCAAAUAAUUUUUUUUUAAAGUGGUGUAACACUAAGCCUUAGGUUGUAUUCAUUUGUAUGAAUACUAUAACUACCUCUGGGUUAUUUUUCAGACUUGGUAUUUUCUUUUGCUUUUAAAAAAUAGAAGCAUCGGUAUUUUUAUGCUUUUGCAUUCUCUGUCAGCAAGGUUCUCUGAUCCUUUUCAUCGUACUCCUUAACACAGGAAGACCUCAACGCAGUGACUGAGUAAAGUAGUUCUUCAAAAGGAAGCAGGAUCAUUACUGAAAAACUGCCAGAACAACCAGGGAUCAUAUUUUGAAGCCUACUUUGCUGACUUUGUAAAUGGGAUAUAGAAGAGUGGUUGUAACAUCUUGAACAUUGCCUGACAUUGUCUAGUCAUUUGAACAAAGUUUUAGUUGUAUUUCAUUAGAAGUUUGUUCAAGCCCAGCCUUGGUUUCAGGGGAUCCCUGGGUGGCACAGCAGUUUAGCACCUGCCUUUGGCCCAGGGCGCAAUCCUGGAGACCCGGGAUCGAAUUCCACAUCAGACUCCUGGUGCAUGGAGCCUGCUUCUCCCUCUGCCUAUGUCUCUGCCUCUCUCUCUCUCUCUGUGUGACUAUCAUAAAUAAAUAAAAAUUAAAAAAAAAAAAAGCCCAGCCUUGGUUUCAAACAUCUUACUCUUUUUUUUCUUCAUGUGAUUUCAUAUAUUUUUUUUUGUGUAUAUAUAUUUAUAUUUAUAUAUAUAUACUAUGUCACAAAAAUUGAUAAUGCCUGGCUUUAUCUUUUUAUCUAG